AUGGCCACUACUUCCCAACCUAUCGCUUUCCAGUCUCCUAAUCAUCCAGAUUUCCACAUGUCAUCUGGUUCAUUCACUGGUAACAACAACUCCAGGCCUUACUUUCUAGGUUCUCCAAUAUCGUGGCGUGCUGGCUCAUUUGGAAGCCGUUUCUACCCUGGUUGCUCCCCUGGUCAACUCCUGGGUCCACUAGAUCCUAACGAGUUCAAGUGUGCCAAGUUGUCGUCAUCUAUCGACAGCGACUGUGGCUCGAUAUUCAACGCUCUCAGUGCCUUCGACAAGGAGGACGAAUUGUGUCGCAACUAUACCUGCUGUGGCCUACAGCUAGAUGACCUACAUGCUCUGCUACAGCAUUUCGAGGAGGUCCACGUUGUCGUGCUUGACCCGUUCGGUCACCCUCAGUUCCCCGUUGUCCCUCCUCUACCCCAGUCUAUUCGUAACGCAACUGCGUCCUACUUCUCAGACCUUCAACAGCAGCCCUCAUCUUACAACCAAGGUGGCUUCGACCCUGAUGACAUGGAACUCGAUGUUGAUCAGGGCUGUAUGUCAAACGCGCCAACGCCCCCUGACACUCCCCUCAGCACCCCACUGUCGUCACAUCCUACUCAUUCGUUUAACCACUUUGGUCAGUCGAAACCUGCCUCCCCGCAUCUUCCCGUGUCGGCAUUUGAUACGACAACGGUGCUCCCUUCCCGCUCCAUUCACGGCUCAGCGUUCCCACCAUCCCGAAACGGUCUUCCAAAUGUGGCAAAUGCCCCCGACGCAUUCAAUGGUUACGCUGGCUACUCCGACUACUCAUCCUUAAUGCCCGGCACUGUUCCUUCCCCACCCGCCAGCGACGAUGUUCACGCACCUGUCACACCUGUCAGCGAUCCGGGUAGUCCCUACGGCUGUCUUCCUCCGGCCGUGGUUUUCUCCACGAGCAAUACUCCUGUCAAUACCCCUUCAGCCUCUCGCGUUCCGUCUCCAGCAAGCGCCUCGCGCCACCCCGCGCCCUCCGCGGCUACCCCUUAUUCCUCGGCAUCCACGGAUUCCCCUGCUUCUUCCAUCACAUCACAACAAGUCAGUCAACGUGCCAGUACCACGCUCUCUCGCCCUGCAUCAUCGUUACUAUUAUCGAAGCCUUUCCGCUGCCCGAAGCCGAAUUGCAAUAAGAGUUACAAGCAAGCCAAUGGGCUCAAGUAUCACAUGACUCACGGCAGCUGUAACUUUGCGCCACCCAAGGACCUCGAGCAAGUACAGGCACUGCUGGCUAGCAAGCGGUCCGCCCGGGAGGCUGCUGGGGAUGAUCAGGGCAUUACAGAGGGUGACAUGCGCGAAGUCGAACGGGAGGCAGAGCGCAGGCUCCGGCCCUUUGCCUGCGGUGUUAGCGAUUGCCAGCGCCGAUACAAGAACAUGAACGGCUUGCGGUAUCACUACCAGCACUCGGGUGAUCACGGUGCAAUUGGCUUAUCUCUCCUUGCCAGUGGACAGCACGAAUGUCUACAGCACGCCCAUGGACGGAGUAGCAAUGCAAGCUCACGGCAUUCAACACCAGUGACGAGUGGAACCUCGACCCCAGUGAGCGGACACUUGACACCGUCGUAUGCCCAACAAUAUCAGCAGCAGAUGUUUUACUCGUCCGCACAACAGCAGUACUUGCGCCAGCAGCAGGCUCUGCAAGCACAAGUUCAAAUCAGCUAUCCUGUCGUUUCGGCUGAAGCUGUCCCUGUCGUCGUUGCUCAACACUGA